GGUCGAGUUGUCGUUAGUGCACGUGAACAGUGUGUGUGUGUACUGUGGUCGUACUAAAACAUAACGUUGUCGUUAGGCGUACAACUUAACGUUAGGCGUACAUACUGUUCGUACUGUAGGCUAUCUAUUUCCCCAAAUUUGUCAUUUGUUGGAACAUAUGACACUGAUUAAAUGCAAGAUGUUGUACCCUAAAAAAAGGUGUAACUUAAGUUUUCGGCUUUCAUUCAAAUCAGCAUGCAUGAUCAGGAAGAGGACCCUCUAAAAAAAUUCUCUAUUUAUUGUUUUUUGUCCUACUGGCCAGCUGCCGCUUUGUUGGACCUGGCAGCCUUCAUAGAUGGCUUCUGCUGUCUGCCCACACUCCCCAACCCCAAUACACAUUACUAAAGUAAACGUUAUACAUGAAAUUAAUAUGUAUCCUUCCAUCUUUAACUUUCAGAAUGGCAAACAAAUCCGUUCGAUUUUACCCUGGCCUUGAUGUGAUUCUCUUGAGGGAGGUCUUGGCAAUUUCCAGCGAAGGAUUAUCAAAAACAGCAUGGGAGGGAAUCAACAAGAUAAUAAAUGAAGCCAUGAAGACAAAGAAUACUUAUGUAACACUGAGAGCAUGUAAAGAUCGCCUUCGUCACCUACAGAAUGCUCACCGAAGAAACGAAAUGAGUUCUUUACGAGCCUCCGGUACAGACGAGGAGUAUGAUGAACGGAGCCAGCUUCUAACAGAACUGGCUGAUUUGGAUGAGGAGAGGAAACAUGAAGAUGCCAAGAAAAAGAGUGAGGAGGAAGAAAAAGAAAAGCAGGGCCUAGCUAUUCGAGCAGCAGCGAUGGAAUCUCUUGUACCUGCAAAGAAGGCACCAGAUGGUGACAAAAAAGGUUAUUUUCUGACCUGAUUUAUUUAUGUUAUUUUAUUUAUUAAAUUACAUAUCCAACAACAUAUAAGCAGAGGUGGCUCUUUUAGGAUUUGUUUUUAUUUUUUAAGUUGUCAGAUAUUGCCUGAGAUCGCACCACAGAUCACCUACAAUCCAAAAAUUUG